CCUGUGUCUCCUUGCUGACUGCUCUACUGGCUCUGCUGUAGCUGCGCUGUCUGCCAUAAUACCCAAGGAUGUUAUUCUAGGAUUAUUUAUAAGGGGAGUGGGAAAAAAACGGAAAGAUGCGCCUGGAGGGGAAACGUCACAUUUUCAGUGCGAGCGACGGUGUGGUGAGACUGUGACCGAGCCGGGGAGAGGAAUAUGCGGCACAGACCCUCUGUACGUCGGGCCAGGGCGUCGGAUGUUUUCCGGAUUAACGUCCUGUAGCUGGAUGAUGCGAUUUCUUUCUUCAGAUACACAGGAUUUAUGAUCGGACCACGUUUAAGCGGGAAUCUGUAGCCUGUGUGAUCCUCCAGUCACGCCACCCCGGACCCCCCAGACCGGUUUCAUGGGAUCCGGACCAAAAGACGGACGGUGCUCAUAAUAAAUAAAGGGCAACAUCACUUGAAAGUUCAUUCAAGUUUCUGGAAAAAAAAAAAAAAAAAAAUCAUGAUUUGGGUUCUUUGGUGCCACAUUUAAUAUUAUAACAAAGGCAGAGUUUGUGCUGAGAGGGUCAAUUUAGACAUCUGAGUCUCACUAAUAGAGGAUUUAACUAUCAUAGAGUUUAUAUAGAGAACUGAGUCCUGAAUCAUUUGAGCUAAAAUGCGACACAAUAAAGUUAUUUUUACGACCCAGAUGAUGGCACCCUGGGAGUCCUUUCAAGGAAGGGAGACUGGAGAGUGAAAGCGGGAUAUCUGCGCCUUUAAUCGGACACAGAGGCGACGCAAGGAGGACAAGCCACCUUCUUUUUUUGGAUUGGUCCAAAUAAUAUUUUUUGCGUGCCCCCUCGACUCCUGCACAAUGGGGAUUAUGCUUCAAGUUAUUCUAGGAAUGUUUCAAUUCCUGCUGCUCACCAGAAUGCCGACUUCUCAUGCCAAGCUCGCUCACUGGCGGCCAGCUGACUCCCCCAAAUCCAGGGAAGGUCGAGAAGUGCGACGGUGGUUGGAGGUGUACUCACGGAGCGGCUGUGAGCCUCGGGACACUCUGGUGGAGGUUUGGCGGGAGUUUCCGGAUGAAACCCAUCACCUCUUCAUCCCAUCUUGCGUGUCGGUGAGGCGAUGCAGCGGCUGCUGUGCCGAUGAGGCCUUGGAGUGUGUGCCCACGCUCACAAACACAGUUACCAUGGAGCUGAUGAGGAUGUCUUUCAUGAAGCACGAUCUCACUGAGCUGCCCUUCAUCGAGCACAGCCAGUGUGAGUGCAGGUUAAAGGAACACCUCCAGCCAACACCUACAACAAGGCCAUAUCUGAAGCCAGCAAGAAAAGGCAAGAAAAAGGAGAGGGGGAGGAAGUCCCACCAGAAGACAUCUGGAGCCACCAGAGCUGCAACCCAUGCUCCUCCAGCUCCUUCUACCACAUCGUCUCCUCCUCCACCAUCACUGCCUCCCACCAGUAUCUUUUCCUCUUCCUCUCCCUCUCCCUCUCCCUCUACCACUUCCACCCCAUCCCCUUCUCCUUCCCCUUCUCACUCUCCCUCUCCCUCCCCCUCUCCUACAACCCGUUGUCGCCCGUGCCGAGGGAGGAAGUGGGCCUUGGAUGCAAUUUCAUGUCAGUGUCGUUGCACCAUUGCGGCAGAAACCUGCAGCCGAAAAGGCCGGAAGCUCAACCCUCGCCGCUGCAAGUGUGAAGCCAUGAGGACCUGAUGUGUCCACCCACUUUCUUUUCACCUCCAUCUCUCCACCAAAUCCCUGUCGAUUCUUCGCCCACUCUCAGCAUCAGUGCAAUUGACCAUACAGACGCUUGAACAUGCAGCAUCUCAAACCAAGGGAAAGCACACAGAAGAACCUGUAGCAGAGCUCCAACAAGUUCAUCAUCACUGCAUAAAUCUGCUGUGUGCAAACGUCUUUCCGCCUUUCCUGCUUCUGUGGGAAAGAUUCUAUCAGUCUACAUUUACAUGGCGUGUACUGACAUGCAGUGUCGCAAAACACAACCAGUGAGUGGAGGAUGGCAGUGGCAACUUUGAGAGGCACGGGAAUAAACAGACAAAGUUGUUCAUGGUGUACACAAACCUGCAGGUGAACAUGCUGCCCUGUUGUUUUGGAGGCUGGAAUCCAGGAAGUUCCUUCCACCUGCAAUUAAACUUGUAAACAUAAGAGAACAGUGGGAACGAGCGCGAUUAUACUCCAUGAGAACAAUGUGGAUGCAGAGGAGCAGUCAUACACAGGUGUCCUCUCAAGGAAACUGCACAUGGAGACGGAUUCCAGGUUUAAGUCAAGGCUGGUAUUUUGCAGAGGAUUAGGGAAACAACAGCAACAGAUUACUGAUGGACACAUACACACAUACAACAGACAUACAAGAAUGUCAUAGGACAUGCACAUAAACUGGCACCCUAAUGUGCAUGGACCUAUGGUUGAGCUGCAUGCUGGGAUGGAGUAUAUCUGUGUGGUCUGUGUGGUCUGAAAAGAUCCAGAUGGGUUAACCGUGCAGCCCCUCUCUCUUAUUCAAAGCUGGCUCUCCAGGCUGCUUUCCGGCAUUUGUUUAAUUUCGGCCUUUUGUCUCGGUCUUUCCUCGGUUCCUCGAUUGAAAAGAGCCGCAUCGCCUCUCUUUGCCUCUCUUUUAGGCAGUGAGGAGAAUGACAAUAAUGAGGCCUGGCGGCUGUCCACUACUUCACACACACAUACACACACACAUACACACACGUACACACACGCACACGCACACACACACACACACACACACACACACACACACACCACACACACACACACACACACACACACAAACAUUCACACUUAUAAAACGAGGAACACAGAUGAUGCUACACACACUCAGAUAUUGCUGCAGCACACACACACACACACACACACACACACACACGCAAUGUGAAAUGAAUGCAGGUAGCCAUAAGCUUUUGUUUGUGCCACACCAAGUGUGCAAAUAUAUGUCAGUUGUUUAUUUGCAAUUUACUGCAAAGUCUUCACUAAGUAUUGUAUUACUUGCCUCUGUUUUAUAUGUUAUUAUAAUUCUGUUGAGUUGAUUUGAAAGAUAUUCUAUAUUACAGAAGUUGUCUUUGUUUUUUGUUUAGUUUUUUUUUUUCAUCUUUAAUCCGUCCACAUCUGUCACACUGGGUGGCCAGCUAAUACCCAAAUGUAUUGAAUUUAAACAGAGAUGACUCACACAGGCCACAAAUGUGUGAGUCACACACACAAACUCACUCGGCAGAGAUGGGUGCAGAGACUAUACAUCAUAAUGUGCGAUUCAAACAGUCAGUGGGGUAGUGUUGUCAGUAACACACAGAAACCAAGCAAACAGCCAUCCCCAGUGCAGUGAAAGGAAAACACGGCUGUUGUUUUUGCGUGUUAGAGCCAGGAUGGAAAGAGUAUUGUUCAGCUGGAACAUAACUUGUUUAUAUUCUGACUGAAUCUCUUGGUCUAACUCCAUGUUGGUUCAUUGCUGCUGGGUGGGAACAGGGAUUUGAACCAUGGCUGCUUCAGAAAGGAUGAGGUCUUGAGCAGCUUGUCAGUCAUUGUGACGAGCUAAAGCCUGAGCUCAAAUGGCCUAAAGUGGCAGGUCAUGGAGUUUAAAACCCUGUUUGACACCCAUUCACAGCCUGUGUGUUGUGUUAAACUUGUGAGAGUUUGUGACGUCUUAGCACCAUGGGAAACAGUAGCUUUGAAACUCCUCAAUUCAUGUCUUUACUCUGCCCCAUGAUUCGUACAAUCCUGCUAGUUGAGGAACAGUCACCCUGAAACAGCGUGCAGUCCAGAUUGGGAAUUAUUUAUGUGUCAGCCUUGGCGCAACUUGCCUCUGUGGCUGUUGUGAUAAGCUUUGUAUUUAUACUCUCCUCAGAUGAGAUUACUUUUUCGUGCUCAAAUUCAUCGUUCAGUGUUUAUUACUGUCGAUCAGUGCUUAAAUCACUACCUCUAUAUCAUAGCAUAUUAAUGACCAAGUAUUAGAGCAUUAUUGUUACUUUCUCUGUGAUAUUUCAGACCUCUUCGUAAGAUAAUGAUAGUUUUAGCAAUAAGCAUUGUCUCGGCUGUAGAGACUUGGAGUUGCAUCAGAUCUGUAGUGAUCAUCACUGGUUUAGAGGAACCUAUAGGAGUUUUCAUGAAAGGAGAACUGGUCCUCUGAGUACAGACCAGACACUGUGUGAUAAUGUGGAAGAGGAAAUGGUUUCCCAAAGCUUUUGCAGCUUCAAACUACUGCUGAACAAUCUUGGAAUUUAUAGGAAUAGUUUGACAUUUUGGGAAAUACACUUUAGAGUUGGAUGGCAAGUUUGAUACUACUCUCAUAUCUAGUGUUAGCAUGAAGACUGGAAACAGAGGGGAACCGCUUACGUCCAGAGGUAAAUCAAUGCAGCAGCAUCUCACUAUGGUUUUUUGGACAGAUUUAAUACAUAACGAGCUUUAAAAGUUCUGCACAACAGGCAGAUUUUUUAACUUUCGGACCUAGCAAAGCCAUCUGUUUACUUUUAAUCUUUAAGCUAAACUACUAGCUGAAAGUCUAACUGCUUAUUUAGCUCUUGGGCAGACAUGGUGAAAUAUCAAUCUUAUUAUCUACAUGCAGACAGAAAGCAAAUUUUUUUACAUAAUUCCCAACCAGGUACUUAGCCAGUGUCUAGGAAUAUGUGGAUAGAUAAGUUUAGCUACUCUGGAAAUAAAUAACACAAUUAACAGCAAUUCAAAUUUAAUUAAAAAGCUGAGUGAACCUGAACAAGUUUGAAGUUAACUGUCAACUUAAAAAUAAUGGAUGAGCAGUAGGAAGAGACAGCACAGCUGAAAUUGAUAACAAACAUUACAAAUGAAAUGGCUAGCUAAAUACACUCACCAACCACUAUGUUAGGUAAACCUGUUCAACUGCUCGGUAAUCCAAAUAUCUAAGUGGCCAAUCACAUGGCAGAAACUCAGUACAUUUAGGCACAUAGACAUGGUCAAAACAACCUGUUUAGGGUCAAAGUGAGCAUCAGAAUGGGGCGGAAAGGUGAUUUAAGUGACUUUGAAUGUGGCAGGGUUGUUGGUGCCAAACAGGCUGGUUUAAUGCAGAAGAGCAUCUAAGCAACAGAAGACCAACCCUGGUGUCACUCCUGUCAGCUAAAAACAGGAAACUAAGGCUACAACUUGCACAGGCUCACCCAAGAUUGGAUAAUAGAAGAUUGGAAAAAUGUUGCCUCGUCUAAUGAGUCUUGACUUCUGCUGCCACGUUGGUAGGGACAGAAUUUCUCAUUUAAACUGCAUGAAAACAUGGGGGAUGUUUUCUUGACACUCUUUGGGCCCCUUAGCUAAGCAUCAUUUAAAUGCUACAGCCUACCUGAGUAUUUUUGCCUAUCAUGUCCAUCCCUUUAUGACUACAUUGUACCCAUCUUCUGAUGGCUGCUUCCACGGGAUAAUGCAAAGUCCAAACCAUCUCAAAUUGCUUUUUUUAAACAGGACAAUGAAUUCACUGUAUUCAAAUGGCCUCUACAGUCACCAGAUCUAAGUCUAAUAGAACACCUUUGUGAUGUGGUGAAACUGGAGAUUCUCGUCAUGAGUUUAAAUGCUAAACUGAAUGUAGUCCAUAUCCAGUUUAGAAAAAGUUGGGAAGCACUGUUUCAAACUAUUCCUCUAAACUCAUCUGCAGCUAUGUCUGCUCAUUAAUUUUUUAUUUGCAAGAGCCGAUAUUUCUUUUUCAGUCUUCAUGUAUUAAUAAUAGGGAACAAAAUGUAUCUUGUGAACAAGAAGUCAAAUGUUUUGGGAAACCUAAGAUUUCAGGGACCUCAGUACAGAUUACAUAUACUGUAGAUUAGUCCAGUGGUGAUAACAAGCAAACAUAAAUACAUAUGUUGAGGGCAGAGCUGAAGGAGCAAAUGGACUCCACUCAUGCAGACGUGUGAAAAAUCAACAUCAUUCCACCUAAGGGAGUUGUGGUGCUGAGAUAACUUUUUGGGUGCCACUCAGGCUCCAAAUGUUACUUCUUGUGACCAAAUUUUCUUAUUUCAAAGCACUAAUUCUGAACAGUAAAAGCAACUACAGUUAUUGCAUGUACUUGCAAAUGUUAUUUCAGCAUCACAAUUCUUUAAGCUGUAACACCUGGAAAUAUUAAUAUUAAUAUCAGAUGUCCUGAUCCUGUGUGAGCAUUAAACAUCAUUGUGCUUUGUACCUGCACAGUCUAAAUCGUACUGUUAGCCCUGUUCUAGCCUCCGGUGUCUUAGUGGCCUAUAGAUACCCCUACUAACUAUAUAACUUUUAUAAUCUCUAAUAUCCUGCCAUGACAAUGUGUAUGACGUAGUACAUACUCUAGAAACGUAUUUGUUACUUCAUUUGUAUUGCUGUACCUUGCAACAAAUCUCUUCUCUGCCAAUACAUUGUAAUACUGUAGCUCAUGUAUAGAAAAUGAAACUACACUCUUUUUUUGCUGCUAUGCCAUUUGUGCCCUUUUACUAUGUCUUUGUAGAAAACAAUGCAGUUUUAUGUUUCAUGUAUUAGUAUAUAAAUGCCAAUUAAUCGAUUUAAUGUCCACAUUAAAGUGUAUACUGCAUCAUCAAAUAUAUUCAACAUGAUACCAGGAUACAGCCGUGAUGUUACAGAUGUGAUUAAAGGAAAUGUCUUAUUUUUUAUAAAAACCUCUGCUUUCCUUGUCUAACUGACGUCCCUGUGCUUUGACCUCACCUC